CCACUACUGCCACUACCACCAGGUCCUCCUCCUCCAAAUCUUGCAUCUUCCCCUCCGGAACUUCGCCCUCCCCUCUCGUCCUCCCACGCCCGCCAACGAGACAACCUGGGAUCCGCUGCUCCCUUGCCUCGCCUCUCCCCUUCGAAGGAAUACAUCGCACACAAUCGGCGCCAUGAGUGACAACACCAAGGCGGGCCCCGAGCCGAGCGAGCGAGUCGCCAUCGGCAUCACCUUUGGCAACUCCAACAGCUCCAUCGCCUACACUGUCGACGACAAGGCUGAGGUCAUUGCCAACGAGGACGGUGACCGUCAGAUCCCCACCGUCAUCUCAUACGUCGACGGCGAUGAGUACUACGGAGGCCAGGCCAAGGCCUUCCUCGUCCGCAACCCUGACAACACCAUCGCCUCCUUCCGCGAUUUCCUCGGUCAAGAUUUCAAGGCCAUCGACCCUACCCACUGCCACGCCUCUGCCCACCCCCAGGAGGCUGACGGCGCUGUUAACUUCUCCGUCAAGGACAAGGGCGGCGAGGAGGCCGCUUCCUCCGUCUCCGUUGCCGAGGCCGCCACCCGAUACCUGCGCCGCCUCGUCGGUUCCGCUUCCGACUACCUGGGCAAGAAGGUCACCUCUGCUGUCAUCACCGUUCCUACCAACUUCUCUGAGAAGCAGCGCGAGGCUCUGAUCAAGGCCGCCAGCGAUGCCGACCUCGAGGUCCUCCAGAUCGUCUCCGAUCCUGUUGCCGCAGUCCUGGCCUACGAUGCCCGCCCGGAGGCCAUCAUUGAGGACAAGAUGAUUGUCGUCGCCGACCUGGGUGGCACCCGCUCCGACGUCGCUGUUGUGGCUUCCCGCGGCGGCAUGUACACCAUCCUUGCUACCGCUCACGACUACGAGUUCGCCGGUGUCCACCUCGACCAGGCCCUGAUGGAGCACUUCGCCAAGGAGUUCCAGAAGAAGCACAGCGUUGACCCCCGCGAAAACGCCCGUAGCUUGGCCAAGCUCCGCCUCGAGUCCGAGUCUACCAAGAGGGCCCUCAGCCUGGGUGCCAACGCCCAGUUCAGUGUUGAGAGUCUGGCGGACGGCUUCGAUUUCUCCAUGACGAUCAACAGGAUACGAUACGAGAUGAUUGGCCGCAAGGUGUUUGAGGGUUUCAACCGACUGGUUGAGGGUGUUGUCAAGAAGGCCGGCCUCGACGUCCUUGACAUUGACGAGGUCAUCAUGUGCGGUGGUACUUCUCACACUCCCCGCAUCGCCAACAACUUCCGUAGUAUCUUCCCCGAGUCCACUGAGAUCCUGGCCCCUGCCACCAGCGCUACUGCCAUCAACCCCUCUGAGCUCCAGGCUCGUGGUGCCGCCCUCCAGGCGUCCCUGAUCCAGGAAUACGAGGCUACCGACAUUGAGCAGUCCACUCACCCUGCGGUCACCACCGUCAAGCACAUUUCCAACGCCAUUGGUGUCAUCACCCUUGGCACUGACGGCGAGGAGACCUUCGCUCCCGUUAUGCCCACCGAGACCGCUGUUCCCGCCCGCCGCACCGUCCGCAUUUCCGCCCCUAAGGAGGGCGGUGACGUCCUCAUCAAGGUUGUUGAGGGUGGUACCCACAUCAAGGUGACCAAGGCCGAGCCCAAGGAGAAGGAGGAUUCGGAUGAGGACUCCGAGUUCGACUCGGAUGACGAGGAGGAGGAUAAGCGCGAGAAGAUCUGGAAGGUUGGCAGCCUCCUCGCCGAGGCCGCCAUCAAGGGCGUCAAGGCCGGUGGCAAGGUCGAGGUAACGAUUAAUGUUCUGGCUGACCUGAGCGUCACUGUCACGGCCCGGGAAGUCGGCGGCAAGGGUGGUGUGCGAGGAACCCUCAACGGCCAGUAAAUGGAGAAGCAUAUGCUCCUUGAGUCCAACAGGAAAAGUAGGAAAGGGAGGCUUCGCGUCGUUGAUAUAGAGGGCGGGGGUAUAAAAAGCAUGGGUCUUUUAGUAGAAUCUAGAGGCAUGAUAGAGGGUGUUCCGAACUCGAAGGAACGCCCGGGAUGAAUUGAAAUGAUAC